AUGAGUACUCAGGUUUAUGAAUCGUCUAAUUCUGUUAAUGGUCUUUUCUGUCUAAUCUCCGAGGAGAUGCAAUCUCUCUCAAGCUCCUCAGAUGUGGACUCCGCCAACAAAGGUGAGUCCGACUCAAACACCGAAUACAUUCCAGCACUCAGAAGACACACGCACGCUUCCAGCGCCCUGAUGAUCAAUGUCAUAACCCGAGGAAGCGCCAGGCCCACUCAAAGACAAAUGGAACAGCCCAAGGCAAGUCAAAACAUGUCUGAAGCAGGAACAUCAGGCUCAGGGGAGUUUGGCCGCCCUGAGUCGGAUGUUGCCAUGCAACUGGUAGCAGCGAGCACGGUCCCGGCUGGCCAAGCCGUCAGCGAUCCCAGCGCCUCGCCGGAAAUUUUGCAAAAAUUAUUUCCACUUUCUUCUGUUAGAAAUCUAGAAAGUAAACUCAAUCUUAGUGAAUUACAGCAAAUAGUCACUCUAAUGUUUACUGAUUGCAGGAAAUUAACUGGAAUGAUUCCUUCGAUGGCCACAGGACAAACCCAGCAACAUCCCUGCCCGGACAAGAUGCUGAUUCACCAACAUUUCUCAGCCAUCGAAAAAGAAUUGGAUCUCCUGAAGAAAACAACCACAGGUGAGUUCAGUAGUUCACUGUUUACAGAUCUGCAGACCGAAGUCAAAAUCCAAGGAGAAGAGCUACACAAAGAAGUCAAGAUGGCUACUGAGGCCAUCGAGGAUUCAACGAAGACCUACAUUGGUGAAAUUAAUCUACAAAUCACUGGUCUGAAACAGCAAGUGGCCGAUCUCUCAACCCAAAUGCUCAAUCUUGAGGCCAAGUACUCCGAGGAACUCAGGAAUUUUGGUCAACAACUUCAAGACUUCCGUCAGCAGCUGGUUCACGAACAGGAUUCGCAGAACAAUCAAUUCCUCUUGGCACUAUCAGGUAACGAAACUAUGCCUCGAGAGGCUGAAGAAUCACUUUUAAAUUUACCUCCCAUCCCCUCCAACCUUCAGGUCAAUGUCAUUGAUUUUGGCAACCUUAUGAAAUUUUAUUCUGGGGAAGGAGAUGAAUCUUUUUCCGAAUUUAUCCUCAAAUUUGAGGAUUUUGCCAAUCAGCAAUCCACUCCUUGGGAUGAUAAAACCAAACUUUCUAAGUUAAGACUUUUGUUAUCAGGGGAAGCCAGAGAAAAAUUCCAAAUUACUUGUGGUGAUUCCGAUAGCCUUACUUAUGCGCAGGCAAAACAAAAGUUGCUGGCGUCUUAUAAGCAAGACUCUCUGCACUCUGGGGUUCUUUCGGAACUUCACGCAACUAGACAGCGUGACGGAGAAACCGUCGAUGACUUCUUCUGUCGUCUUCGGCGGGUUUUGACAAAAUUAAUGCCCGAUGCCUCACCUGAGGAGUUAAAAACUCGGUUUAAGGAGGAAUUUACUUAUCGUCUGUUAGAUUCAAUCAGCACUCCGCUGCAAUGGCUUGCACCGACUACUCUAGAAGAGGCCCGACAAAAAGCGCGUACUAUUGAAAGCUCUCUCAGAAGAUCAGAGGUCCAAAGAACCGAAAUGGCCCUCAGGCAACUAGGAUCUGGAGUGAAUGCGGCCCUAGCCCAAAACUGGCCCACCAACCAAGGAGCCAGUCGACCUUCUGGAGGACAACUUUUUCCAUCACAAACCAACAAUUAUCCGGUAAGCCCUUAUCAGAAUAUUCGUUGUUUCUUUUGCCAGUCUCUUGGACAUGUCAAGAGAGAAUGCCGAAAAUUUGCCGCUUAUAUUGCGCGUCAAAACUCGGGUCCUCAACAGAGCUCCAACAGACCGAAUGGCGGCACUCCAUGGCAGCGCAACAACUACGGACAACCUAGAAAUGCGCAAUACACUCAAAUGAUGAACAACAAUCAACGCUCUGGACAGCGUCAAAUGUUUGUUCCAUCCUCAGCGCUUCCGCCCCGGCACACACACGCUAAUGCCGUCCAGCCGUUAUUGGAGUCACCUCUCUUCACUGAUGACAUCCCACUUCAGCAACCCACUGAGAUUGUUCAAACCGAUGCUCGCGACGCGGCACUCCAGCUCCUACAAAGGAAACGAGAUCAGCGAAUGUGCCGACAUGUUGGUCACCAUCUACUUGUAGUACAAUGGGCAAAUAAUCAUAACACGACUAAAUCUUCAAAUUGGCAAGAAAACAAUAGGCCUCAAACUCUUAACAAUCUCAAUACUCCCCUUUUAUCUCCCAAAUUAACACCUUCUGUUGCUCUUUUUAUUGCGCUUCACUUAAUUACACUAAUUUCAGGAACUGAAAUCAAUCCCAUGAUCUGCCAGAACAGCAAUGCCCGUACUCUCUACAAGAUCCCUUCCAUGGAAAACUGUGAUCUACCACCGCUCGAAAUCCCGGUACCAAUGACAUUGGAGAUAUUCAAGCCCAACACCGACGCUCGCUCGCAGGCAGCCUGGUCCUGUCGCAUUCAGAAAGCCACGAUCCAAUACUCCACUUCACUUACUGGACUUGUUAUGGAGACUCCAGUGACAACAGAAACGAUGCUGGUUCACCCACGUCAAUGCUGGGACAUGCUGAAGACCAAGAACUGUGCAUUCGGCAGUCUCACGAACCGAUCCACGUUGUGGCUCACCAACAACAACUUCAAAAGAGACUAUCCUUGGCCAGUUCUCGGUAGUUUCUCUUGGAAAACUGAACAUGUGCACAAUUGUGAAGUGCUUCCACUCCAACUACAAUUCGCCUUUGGUGACAAUACUGUUCAAAGCCCACUCGGAACGUUUGACAACUGCCCUUACUCUCAAGGAUAUUGUACAACCCCUGAUCACAUUACAUUGAUAUGGACUCCCAAAGCCUCCAGCAACUGCCCCUUCAUAAAGGUAAGCACAACAAAAGGUUUAGUGAGCUCUCGCCUCUGGAUGGCUUCAAAUAACAAUAUGGCACUGGAGAUAUCCCCCGACCAGGUUGACAAUUGUGGUACCUUCCUCAACCUGACCAGCCAAGAAUUCGCAGUCACUACUCACGAGACUCGACCAAAACGAGCCAAGCUAGUAGAUGCCGAACUGCUGUCCAGCGUUGCGUCGGCACUCAGCAUCCAGUCUGUCCUAAUGAUCAAGUCUUCGUUACAUUUUGCUCAAAUGGAACGGUGUAGACAGCAGCGACAAAUCACGGCCCUUCAACAAGCAAUCAUGGAACAAGAUGCCACCUCCUUAGCACGAUCAAUCCUCAACUUUCCCUAUGUCCAUGCCAGAAGAGUCACACCAUCCAUCCUUGAAGUCCUCCAGUGCACACCUGUCCCCUUCAGUACCAUCAAGAUACGUGAGUCAAAAUUUUGCUAUGAGCUUACUCCUAUUUACUUCAUUGACAGCAACCUAAAGGUAGUGUCAGCUUUUUUGGAUACUGUUGACAUGAUCAUAAAACAUGACAGUCAUACUAUCCCGUGCCUAGGAGCGCGCGGCGCUUUCCCCCUGGGCAAUAACUCUUGGGUCCAAUUUUUACAACCAUAUAGAAAUUCCACUUUUCCGUUUCCUCAAAAUAUUACAUUGCUUCAUGCGCAAAGCGAACAUAAUAACAGCGCACCACCUAAUCUAGCGAUAAAUAUUUUUCGAGUGGAAUCAAUCACCAAUUUUUCUGCCCCUACUCCCUUACUCUCAUUUACUCCCCCUGGAGCUCGAUUCAGAAGUCAAGACCUCUCUCAUGAGUUGCCGGAAGGACCGCAAACGGUUCUAUCCCUCUUGACUAUCCCUCAAUGGUUAAUCCAGUCGUGGAUUUACGGCUGUUGUUGUGUUGUCUCACUUCAAUUAAUAUUUAUUGUUUGGGCUUUCUCGAAAUUCCUCAAGGAAAAGAUCUCACCAGCACCAAAACCGGUUGUGCAAGUAGUAGUACCCCAAGAAAAACCGACAGUCUGGCCCCCGCCAUUGGUUGCCUCAUGUGACAACGGGAUUCCAUAUGCUCAGAUCCCUCUCAAGAUCAAUGGAGUUCCUCUUUGCGGGCUCAUUGAUACUGGAGCCAGCAUGUCAAUUAUGGCUGCUGCACUGGCUCCAGCCUUAGGUCUCAACAUUGCUCAGCAUGCGCAAAGGUUUGCAACCUCAGCAAGUGGCCAUACACUUCGGUUGUUCGAUGACAAAGUGGUAACGUUGGAAAUUGGUAAUCUCGUCCAAAACAUUAACAUGACCUUCUCCGACAACACCAACUUCCUCAACGCCAGCUAUGACGUCAUCAUUGGCUGUACAGCCUUGGCUGAACUACCCCCCAUGCUGAUCGACAUGAAGGCGCGAACAGUAGCCAUUGGUAGAAACAUUCUUCCGCUCAUGUCCCCAGAAGAAAUGGCAAUGCUCCCGGUAAAAAUAAAGGCCAUUUCAGCUGUCACUUUACACCCAUUCUCAACUACUCUAGUCCAAUGCCACCCAGAUACAGUGAGCUCUCCCUCCAAUACAAUCCUCAUGAUUAAUGAUCCCAGGUACGUUGUCGAUCUCCCAAACCCAUAUCUUUGCGAAGAUGAUAAAUCAAAACUCAAAUCGUUAAUCAAAGCAUUCCGAUAUCAUUCAUUGUCCUCAAUAUGA